AUGGAGGCUUCUCAGAAUAUCUCUGUCCUGCGCGAAUUUUAUUCAAUUGACAGAGGAUACUUGAUGCAAAACCUGGAUUUUAAACGCGAUUUUCAAAAUCAUGUCCGCCUCUUUUCCAUGCUGUUCAAUAUCGCCAAACAUUUGGAUGUUGAAUCUCUGGCCAAAUACGGCUUUGGCGAUAGCAGCCUCCUUUGGGCAGAAAUACAGAGUGGAUUUGAGGAUCCUGCCGAGGGAGAGGGCGCAUGGAGCAAGUCCCCGGACCAGCAGUGGAAGAUUUGCUUUUCAUUACUGGGUCUUGUCAAAAACUCCUCCAAUUUGGAGUUUCACGGGCUUUCUGCCGUUCCAUUCUCCAAGACGAUAUCGAUUCAAUAUAUAGGAAAAGAUAUGCUGUCAGACAUGCACAUAACAAAUUCCCCCGAGGAUUCGCACAAUUAUACAACAAGAAGAAUUGAGAUUAACAAGUCCGCAGGCAUCGAAAAAAGCAGGACCAAUGAAAGAGACUUCUACAUAUUAGAAACAGACAACUGUCCGCCCCGCUCUUCCCGGGUCGCAGCCAAAAAGUGUGCAAACAUUGCAUCGAACGAACUCGAACAUUCACGAGAGACGCUAGCUGAUAUCUUUGCGGAAAAUAAACCUCCUUGUGAAUAUCAAGGCAUCAAAUACAUGUGGGAACGAGUUCUCGGGAUGAUUUCUAGUGUGGUGGCUGUUCAUGGCCGCGUUAAAAACUUGCGAAUUGACUACGACAUCACCCCAACUACUAUUCUAGUUUCUCCAGAUAGAGGUUCUAGAAAAGCAUUCUUCUUUGAUUUCAAUACUACAGAUUAUGGGACAGGUUAUGAAGCUGAUAAAGCACAAACUUCCGCUGCUUUCAACAACCGAACAUAUGGUAAGGCAUUCCCGCGAAUACACUCACACAGAUCUGACCCUAGUUAUUUAGGCGCUCCUGAGUGUAUGUUUGAUACUAUGAGCAAUAUCGAAAAAUGUUCGUCAAUGGAUAUGUGGUCACUGGGGUGCGUUCUUCUUGAGAUCUCGACAUUCAUUACGUACGGCAAUUCAGGCCUCCAUGAGUUCCAGAAGCAAAGGAGGAUGGAGAUUACGUCAUUACACGGAAAUCUAGGAAGCCUUGAUGAUGAAUGUUUUCACGACAGCCACGGCCGGCUCGAAUCUGUACAGAAAUUCGGCCAGGGGAUCCAUCGCAAUGGGCGGCGUUGUGACGAUAUCACCCCGCGGAUAGUAGACCUGGUUUUGAAUCGAUUAUUAGUUCCUCAAAGAUCUAGAUGUACCGCAUUCGAACUCUUCAACAAGGUCAAUGAGGUCAUCGAAAGUAGCAAGGACGUUUGCAUAAGCAUGUAA